AUGAAUAGCAAAGGACAAGGAGAAGAGGAAAUGGAGAUUGGAAAAAGUAUAGGACAACAUACGGAGCAACGAAUAUGUGAUAAUUUUCUGCGAGAAAUAGAAGACUUUCUUCGCACUUCCGAUGACAAUGAAAAAAUCAUCCUGCAGAAAUAUGCGGAUCGUUAUUUCUUCUUUUCUGUAUUUAUUAUAAUAUGCAACUGUUUAGCCGUUGUCGUCUUUUCUUGCGGUCCUCUUUUACUUUUGACGAAGUUUCCUAUUGAAGUAUGGUACCCAUUUCCUAUUGAAUCGCCGAUUGCGAUACAUAUCUUCUACACCAUACAAGUCUACUGUAUUAUAAAAACUGGACUUAAUUUUAUGCCGAACUUUAUAUUGGCCAUAUUAUUUUUAUAUUCAUCUGCAAGAUUAGAAAUGUUAUGUUUAAAAAUACAAAACGCAAAGAAUAAAAGGCAGAUAAAUUCAUGUAUUAAGAAACAUCAGAAAAUAAUUAAUGGAUAUCAAAGAGUAUAUAUUACUGCUUGGACAGCUGAUGACUUAAAAGAAAAUAGUAAGCAGAUUGGAAUGGAAAUAUAUAAUAUACCAUGGUUUAAAAAAUCACAAUAUAACGCUAAAGAUAUAUGUUUCAUGAUUCAAAGGAGCCAAAUACCAUUUAAAAUCAGCAUAAGAGGUCUUCUACCAACCUUAUCCCUUGAAUAUUUCGCUAAGAAUACUAAAACAGUGGAUAUAUUGAAUAUUUAAUGAUAACAA